AUGAGAAACGGUUUUCCGGUGGGAGCGCCUCCAGAAAUGGCGUGUUUGUUAGAGGAAAUCCGACGAGAAAACGACGUUUGCAAGAUGGACGUUGUUUCCACGUGCGUUGGAGCCGAUCCCGAACUCGACGAGUUCAUGGAAACCUACUGUGACAUGCUGGUGAAAUACAAAUCUGAUCUGACGCGGCCUUUUGACGAAGCCACCACCUUCCUCAGCAAGAUCGAAACGCAGCUUAGCGAUCUCUGCACUGGUUCUUCACUUCCAACCCUUUCUGGUUAGUAUUAGUUACUAGUUGGUUUCUGUUUUUUGUUUGUUGAUA